ACCAAUUAGAAGUAGAACAAUUCCAAGACUCCAUCAUUUUGUUCACAGCUCAGCAGCAGUCAAUGCAGUGACUUCUUUCUCCGGAUUCACAUUUGACUGCUGUUUGGCAGCUGCCGCACAGUAAGAGGAAGUGCAACCAGCAGGGUUCGGCAGAGGGAGGGGAAUACCAGUCCCAGUUCUGCUUAGUCAAGGAAACCAUUGAAAAUGGAAAAGUCAGGGGCGCUUAUCCCGAUACUCCUGGUUUUCCAUUCUGUCUGCAGCCUGCCCGAGUAUUCUUUUAAAGAAAUAAAUUCUUUCAAGGAAUGGAUGAUGAUGCACAACAAAGACUACAGCUCAGAGGAGUACAGCCAUAGGAUGCACACCUUCAUCCAGAACAAGAGAAAAAUUGAUGCUCACAACAAUGGCAGACAUUCCUUUCACAUGGGUCUCAACCAAUUUUCUGACAUGACCUUCAGUGAGUUUAAGACACUGUACUUGAUGAAAGAACCACAGAAUUGCUCAGCCACACGAGGGAACCAUUACACAAAAGACGGGCCGUUACCUGACUUCAUAGAUUGGAGAAAGAAAGGAAAUUUUGUCACGCCUGUGAAAAAUCAGGGUGUGUGUGGAAGCUGUUGGACCUUUUCCACUACAGGGUGCUUGGAAUCUGCAAUUGCAAUAAAGUCCAAUAAACUUCUUUCACUGGCAGAACAACAACUUGUAGACUGUGCUCAGAACUUUAACAACCAUGGAUGCUCUGGGGGACUACCAAGUCAAGCCUUUGAAUACAUUAAGUACAACAAUGGGUUAGAAACGGAAAAGGAUUAUCCUUACAAAGGAGAGAAUGGAUCUUGCAAGUUCCAGCCCAGCAAAGCUGCUGCAUUUGUCAAAGAUGUGGUCAACAUAACAGAGUACGAUGAAAAUGGCAUGGUGGAUGCUGUGGCAAGAGUGAAUCCUGUCAGUUUUGCUUUUCAAGUGACUGAUGAUUUUUUAGGUUACAGUGGUGGUAUUUAUUCCAACAAAAACUGCGCUUCAACCCCAGAUAAAGUGAACCAUGCUGUGUUAGCAGUGGGCUAUGGAGUGACCAAUGGGACCAAGUACUGGAUUGUGAAGAACUCCUGGGGCCCUCGCUGGGGAAUCAACGGCUAUUUCUACAUUGAACAAGGGAAGAACAUGUGUGGAUUGGCUGCAUGUGCAUCCUACCCCAUUCCCAAGCUCUGACAUGAUGAAUGAUUCAGCUACAGUCGAAUCCCAAGUAGAGACAUGGAAUCUCGAACUGGAGUGCUGAUUACUGCUUAGCAAAAUAUUAAAAAUGUAUCUUUUUACAAAUCACUUUUGUAUAAUUUACACAAGUAAAAAUUGGUGUUCAUAUAAUGUGUUUGUGAACACAAAAUGAUCUCUAACAUCUUAAUUUUAAAUUUUCUUUGCACAGAAUACAGUGAAACUGGAGCAAAUGCACAUUUUACAAAAUGAAUCUAACCUGACAAAUGAAUGUUGUUUUUUUCCUUUAAUCUAAAUCCUGAUUGGCUGGUUGAAUGAAAGAAUUAAUUAUCAGCUAUGAAGAGAAACAAAGAGAAAGUACACACAGAAAUCACGAUAACAUAUAAGAAGCAACUUUAACUGUUGCUGUCAAUGCCUUCUCUAAAAUAACCACUUAGAAACACUCAGCAACUAAAACCCAAAAUAAAAACUCUAUGCCCCAAAACAUUCAAUAAUCCAUUUAAAAAAAUCUUAACCUUAAAAGGAAGAAAACUAUGCAAACUUAAACAAUCACUUUUUUUAAAAUCAAAAAGCAAAAUACUUCGUGUUAAAAAUAUGAAAUAAAAGCAGAAAUUGGUGGAAAUACUCAGCAGGUCAGUCAACUGGAGAGACGAACAAAAUUAAUGUCUCGGGUUGGUGUCUUUUGUCAGAACCAUCAGAAUUUUGUGCCCCCGUUGACCAUACUCUAAUCCCAAUGGAUUCAAGCCUCAUGAUGGACUUCAUGUUGUCUCUCUCCAGGUUUAUUAGCCAUGAAAGAGGGGUGGACAGUCAGAGUGUCUCAGCAACCAGAAGUCUGUGAAUGGAACCACUAGCUGGGUGUAUGAAUAUCAGUUUCAUCAGUUUCUAACUUGUUGAAGAUUUCAGGCAUUUUCUGCUUUUAUUUUGAUUACAAAAUGUGAAACACAGUUAUGUUGUGAAGCACCCUUGCUGUGUGUGGCAAUGCGAGUGUAGAUUUACAGUUGCUGUAAUUUGAUCAUAAAGCAAAUUUGCUGUUCUGUUUCAAUUACAGCCUCCAUCAGUCAGGCAGGAUACCUUAACAUUUGCUGUUUGUUAGUUUUUUUGUGCUAUUAGUUGAAAGACUAGAGGCUAGAAUCUUAAAUCAGAAUUGCUUUAAUUGAAAUGCUCAAGAAUAAUGACUAGAUGAAUCUGUUCAACCCUGAGUCUUUCAAUUCAUUCAUGCUUGAUCUGUAUCAGCCCCAACUUGCUUCAAUGACACAAUACCCUUCAAUAAAAAUCAAUUUCAGAUUAA